AUGGUGGUGGUUCCCCGUGAGCCAUCUCUUAGAUCUGCUCAGGUCGUUGGUACUGAAAUGCUUCGCGACCCUCGUCGUUCACUGCCCUCACCGGAACUCUCUGACUGCCACGUCGGAACUGGCGAUGAAGAUGGCGGUGGAAGGGUUAUCCCUAAACCUAAUCCAGAUGUUGCUCUUCUCUUAUGGGCUUAG